AUGCGCGGGGCGGCGCGGCCGGGGCGGCCAGGCCGGGGCUGCCUCCCCGGGGCCCGCGGCCUGAGGGCUGCGCCGCCGCCGCCGCCGCCGCUGCUCCUGCUCGCGCUGCUGUCGCUGCUGCCCGCUCCCGGCGCCGCCGCCGCCCCGGCCCCGCGGCCCCCGGCCCUGCAGCCAGCGGCCGCGGGGCCCAGCGUGAGCCUCUACCUGAGCGAGGACGAGGUGCGCCGGCUGAUCGGUCUCGAUGCAGAACUUUAUUACGUGAGAAACGACCUUAUUAGUCACUACGCUCUAUCCUUUAACCUGUUAGUACCCAGUGAGACAAAUUUCUUGCACUUCACUUGGCAUGCGAAGUCCAAGGUUGAGUAUAAGCUGGGAUUUCAAGUAGACAAUUAUGUGGCUAUGGACAUGCCCCAGGUCAACAUUUCUGUUCAGGGGGAAGUUCCACGCACUUUAUCAGUGUUCCGGGUCGAGCUUUCCUGCACUGGCAAAGUAGAUUCUGAAGUUAUGAUAUUAAUGCAACUCAACUUGACAGUAAAUUCUUCAAAAAAUUUUACAGUCUUAAAUUUUAAACGAAGGAAAAUGUGCUACAAAAAACUUGAAGAAGUAAAAACUUCAGCCUUGGACAAAAACACUAGCAGAACUAUUUAUGAUCCUGUACAUGCAGCUCCAACCACCUCUACACGUGUGUUUUAUAUCAGUGUAGGGGUUUGUUGUGCAGUAAUAUUUCUUGUAGCAAUAAUAUUAGCUGUUUUGCACCUUCAUAGUAUGAAAAGGAUUGAACUGGAUGACAGUAUCAGUGCCAGCAGUAGCUCCCAAGGACUGUCUCAGCCAUCCACCCAGACGACUCAGUAUCUGAGAGCUGACACGCCCAACAAUGCCACUCCUAUCACCAGCUCCUCAGGUUAUCCUACCUUGCGGAUAGAGAAGAACGACCUAAGAAGUGUCACUCUUCUGGAAGCCAAAGCCAAGGUGAAGGAUAUAGCAAUAUCCAGGGAGAGGAUAACUUUGAAAGAUGUACUCCAAGAAGGUACUUUUGGGCGUAUUUUCCAUGGGAUUUUAUUAGAUGAAAAAGAUCCAAAUAAAGAAAAACAAGCAUUUGUAAAAACAGUUAAAGAUCAAGCUUCUGAAGUCCAGGUGACCAUGAUGCUCACCGAAAGCUGCAAGCUGCGAGGUCUCCACCACAGAAAUCUUCUUCCUAUUACUCAUGUGUGUAUAGAAGAAGGAGAAAAGCCCAUGGUGAUAUUGCCUUACAUGAAUUGGGGGAACCUUAAAUUGUUUUUAAGACAGUGCAAAUUAGUAGAGGCCAAUAAUCCACAGGCCAUUUCUCAGCAAGACCUGGUGCACAUGGCUAUUCAGAUUGCCUGUGGAAUGAGCUACCUGGCCAGAAGGGAAGUCAUCCACAAAGACCUGGCUGCUAGGAACUGUGUGAUUGAUGACACACUUCAGGUGAAGAUCACCGACAACGCCCUCUCCAGAGACUUGUUCCCCAUGGACUACCACUGUCUGGGGGACAACGAAAACAGGCCGGUUCGGUGGAUGGCUCUUGAAAGUCUGGUUAAUAAUGAGUUCUCCAGUGCCAGUGACGUGUGGGCCUUUGGAGUGACGCUGUGGGAGCUCAUGACUCUGGGCCAGACGCCCUACGUGGACAUCGACCCCUUUGAGAUGGCUGCGUACCUGAAAGAUGGUUACCGGAUAGCCCAGCCCAUCAACUGUCCCGAUGAACUGUUUGCUGUGAUGGCCUGUUGCUGGGCCUUAGAUCCAGAGGAGAGGCCCAAGUUCCAGCAGCUGGUGCAGUGCCUCACGGAGUUCCACGCAGCCUUGGGAGCCUACGUGUGACUCCUCUCUGAGCCCCACAGCGGGGGCUCGCCGGGAUCCCAUCACGGACGCGUGAUGUAGGAUGCAACGCUGGCAGAAGCACCCCCGUCUUCCAGAACACUGUGCCUUUGGAACGCUUUAGAAUCUGAACUUUCUAAGACAGACUUAAUGUGGAGUAUUUUUAGAUACGUCUUUUAUUAGGUUGAACUGAAAGGGGUUUUGUAAAUUUUUUGGCCAAAUUUUUUGAAAACAUAGUUACUUUGGAUUAGUACAUUCUUUCAAAAUAAACAGUUUUUAAAAUUGUUUAGACGCGGAUAUUUGGAAUAGCUAUCUUAGUGCCAACUGCUAUUUUUUUAACUUGAUCAAGGUAAUGUAGGUGACUCUCCUUUAAAAUGUUUUUUAAUACUGUUUUUUAUCACUGUUCUUGGAAAUGGUUUGUCUUCAAGAUGCAAUACUUUUCUUAGAGGAAAAACAGAAUAAAAAGAUGUGUGGUUUGCCUUGUACAAGCAAAGGCACUAUUGGAGGGAGAAAGAGAGAAAAACAGGGGGAGGGAAAAACAACAACAUUUUUCGUGCUUGUGAGAAACUGCCCUUUCGUGGAGAAUCGUUUCUUUUUUGUUCUGUGGUGGGGAAGUGGGAGCUGAGUCCACUGCGUUUUCCCCUUGGCGGAAGUGCGCUUUGCUGUGAGCCAGGGUCGGGGCAGAUCAGGAGUAAGACACAGCAAUUUUAUUUAUUUUCACUCUCUGGCGAAGCAGAUGACACAGGUCCAGAAAGUGAAAUCACGCGUCUCAGCUGAAGAGUCCCUUUAUUGCACCUGGAACAGUGCUAUGCACAGAGCGGGUGCUGGAGUUGUGGUGUUUGUUUUUUGUUUUGUUUUGUUUUUUUAAUGUAAACUGGUACAUUUUGUGCUUAUCUUCAAGGCUGGCUUAAGUAUAACACUUUUUUAAAACACCUGAAAAAUUAAAGAAUUUGUUUUAUAUUA